UUCCGGAUUGCCGAGUUGGAAUCGAGACGUGACUCUGUCACUAAGAAUAGCAACGGUUUUGCAAAGUGAGAAGUGCCGGAGACACGGAGCCAGACAGUGAAAGAUAGGGGGUGUGAGAGAGAGUGUCGGGGCCAGCGACACACUGACACAGCCACGCAGAGGGGGAGACGAGACGAGGCUGGACGUGACAAGGAAGGGCAAAGUCACACUGCCAGCCGGAGCUAACGGCGAUGGAGGAGGACAUGCAGCCCGCGGACGAGGGGCUCCGCGCCCCCAAAAUCUGCAGACAGCGGAGCCCUUACAGCACCCUCAAAACCUUCCCCAGCAAGCGACCGGCGGUCAAAGCGAGGUACGACAGACCCACCAUGGUGGCUAUCCCGCUGAUGGGAGGCGGGGGCAGCCGGAGCGGAGGGCAACAUCAUAUCAACCACAACCACCAGCAUCAUCAUCCGCAGCUCCAGCCCUCCAUCAUCAGCAGCAGCGAGCACCAGCACCGCCCGCCGCAGCAGCGAUUCCCCUACGAGAGCGGGCCCGGCUGCAGAGUUGCCACAUCGGCUUCAGCAACGGCGGCGGCUGCAGCAGCAUCCCUGGGCACCUCGCGGAGGGUCUGCGGUGCAGCCGGGUACCACACCACGAAGCACCCGGCCGGCAGCUCCGCGCACUGCUACGAACCUCCAGACUGCAGCCAAGAGCUGAGCGCAGAAAACCGCCUCAUCCUGGAUGCCUUUGCUCAGCAGUGCAGCCGCGUCCUCGCCAUCCUCAACAGCAACGGCUCAUUCCUGGAGUCCCGGCCCCCGCCUCUCCCUGCGCCUCCGCCGUCCCUGACAUCCCUCAUCAAACAGGAGGAGGGGGAGCACAUUGGAGGGGUGGGGCCCGGCAACCUCGAGAGUUCAGAGGCGGAGCCCAGACAGGGAUCCAGGAAACAGCAGCAGCAGCAGCAGCAGACUGCGGCCGUUCUGCGCACGUUCACUGAGUCGCUCCAGGGGUAUCUGAUCUCCGGCGCCCAGACCCCCCACCACCCAGUGGGCAACCCCUACCACUCCGCUGACCCCGACCCCCUGUCUGCCUCCCCCUCCCACACCCUGGGGGGCUGGGCCUCCCCCACGCCUUCCGAGUCCCACGGCCACCCCUCUUCCACGCUGCCCGAGGAAGAGGAGGAAGAGGAAGGCUGCUGCCCUCGCUGCCUGGAGCUGGAGCAGGAGGUGCUGUGUCUGCAGCAGGAGAAUGAGGAGCUGCGGAGUAAGCUGGACAGUGUGCCAGUCCCCUGUCAGGCUGUCCUGGACUUCUUCAAGACCGUCCUCCAGCACCAUAACCAGUUCUUACAGCCUGCCAUUGACGAGCAGAUGACUGAGGGCAGUAAGCAGCUCCUGGGGAGCUACCCUGUCUUCAUCACCAACAAGCAGUGGGACGAGGCGGUCAACUCGUCCAAGAAGGACGGGCGUCGGCUGCUGCGCUACCUCAUCCGCUUCGUCUUCACCACCGACGAGCUCAAGUACUCCUGCGGUUUGGGCAAGAGGAAGCGGUCCGCCCAGACCGCCGAGGCCGGGCCCGAGAGACGCCCGCUCAACCCCGUCAAGGUCACCUGCCUCAGAGAGUUUAUACGAAUGCACUGUGCCUCUAACCCUGAUUGGUGGAUGCCGUCGGAGGAGCAGAUAAAUAAGGUGUUCAGCGACGCGGUGGGACACGCGCGGCAGGGCCGGGCAGUGGGCACCUUCCUGGGCAUGGCUGGCGGCAUCAGCGGCAACAGCAGCAGCCUCUACAUGGAAGGCUUCGACGGUCACCUGUCCCAGGAUGAAUUCAUCCACAAAGGGUCUCAGGAUGGCAUGGGGGACUGA